GGAACCACCGGGUUUGAACCAUCCCACUCCGCAGGCUCUAUUCUACUAUUGUCUAACAAGAGAGCGGGCUAUUUGCAAAAUAAAGAUAGCUUACUAUCACGGCGUUAGCCACUAUGUGGGCUGAUCCCUGCGAGCAGGGUGAGUUUUUUUAACGUAGCAGCGGUGAGCGGCUAUCACCGGCGGCAGUCCGGUGUUUUUCCCCCCGUAGUCACCAUCGGCUUCUCGGCGGUCGGACGCUGGGAAUCUUCGCCGACCAGAGAGCACGCAGGGCUCGGAUAGAAAGGCAAAAGGACGCAGAAGGAAGGAAUGAGGGAUAGAGGAGCAUUUUAAUACCAAAUCGGGACACAUGUUGAGCUAACGGCCCGCUCCACCUCCCUACCUUCUCCUCCCUCGCCGUUACUAAUCACCCCGUUAGGAUAGAAACCAGCGGCUCUCCUCGCCUCUUACGAUCCUUGCUCGCUGCUUGGAGGGACGAACAUGGAUCUUAGUAAAAUCGCUGUCAGCAUCAAUAAGGCCAUCAACACACAGGAGGUUGCUGUCAAAGAGAAGCAUGCCAGGACUUGCAUCUUGGGGACCCAUCAUGAGAAGGGUGCCCACACUUUCUGGGCAGUGGUCAACCGACUUCCUCUCUCCAGCAACGCGGUGCUGUGCUGGAAGUUCUGCCAUGUCUUCCACAAGCUGCUGCGAGACGGACACCCAAACGUGAUAAAGGACUCCAUGAGAAACAAGGCUGAUUUAACUGAUAUGAGCAGGAUGUGGGGUCACCUGAGUGAAGGCUAUGGGAAGCUGUGCAGCAUCUACCUCAAACUGCUCAUCACCAAAAUGGAGUUUCACAUCAAAAACCCUCGUUUCCCCGGCAACCUCCAGAUGUCAAACAGGCAGCUCGACGAGGCGGGAGAGAACGAUGUUAACAACUUCUUCCAGUUGACAGUGGAGAUGUUCGACUACCUGGAGUGUGAGCUCAACCUCUUCCUGGGUGUAUUCAGCUCCCUUGACAUGUCUCGGUCGGUGUCGGUGACGGCGGCAGGUCAGUGUCGCCUGGCCCCCCUCAUCCAAGUCAUCCUGGACAGCAGCCAUCUGUAUGACUACACCGUCAAGCUGCUGUUCAAGCUGCACUCCUGCCUUCCUGCCGACACUCUCCAGGGCCACAGAGAUCGCUUCCAGGAGCAGUUUAAGAAGCUAAAGAGUUUAUUCUAUCGCUCCAGUAACUUGCAGUAUUUCAAGAGGCUCAUUCAGAUUCCACAGUUGCCUGAGAACCCUCCUAACUUCCUGCGUGCAUCCGCACUGUCAGAACACAUCAGCCCCGUGGUUGUGAUCCCGGCCGAGUCAUCGUCCCCUGAGUCAGAGCAUGUGGUAGAAACAGAUGACCUGGUGGACACUGACAUCCCUGUGCUGCCAGCUCCCGUGGAGACAAAGUUUGAUGAUCUGUUUGGCACUUCAGCUGCUAUUGAUCCGUUCAACUUUAACAGUCAUAAUGGCAUGCGCAAGGAUGACAAAGACCGUCUGAUUGAACAGCUGACGAAGGAAAUCCGUGCCCUAAAAGAGGAGCUGGAGUCUUUCAGACUGGAGAGUGGUCGGUUGUGUCAGGCCCUGAGAGGGCGUAUCAAUGAGCUGGAGGCGGAGCUUGCAGAGCAGAGCCACCUGAGGCUGCAGGCUGUUGGAGAGAGUGAGUUCCUGAAGGCAGAGCUGGACGAUCUGCGGAGGGUCAGGGAAGACACGGAGAAGGAGCAGCGGAGCCUGACGGAGAUUGAGAAAAAAGCUCAGGCUAACGAGCAGCGCUACACCAAACUGAAGGAGAAGUACACAGAGCUGGUUCAGAGUCAUGCAGACCUGUUGAGGAAGAAUGCAGAGGUGACCCGGCAGAUGACUGUAGCCCGAGCAGCACAGGAUGAAGUGGAGGCAGUGAGGAAAGAGAUGCAAGAGAAGGUGAAGGCUGCACAGGAAGCUGCUGACACACAGGAGAGGGAACAGGUGGAGCAGCUUCAAGAGCUCCAAAAUGAGGUGGUUUCCACCCGGGCAGAGCUGGACUCCCUGAAGACCACCAUGGCCUCAACUCAGCAGACUUCAAGUGAAGUGCUCGGUUCUCAGCUGGCCUCCCUGGAGUCUGAGAAAGCCGAGCUGGUGCAGAAUUUGUCAAAGGUGGAGGCGGAGCUGGCAACCCAGGGGGAGGAGCUGCAGCGAGUCCAAACCUUUCUGGCAACUGAAAGGGAAAGCGGGGUGAAGGCGGCCGAAGCCCUACAGAAUCAACUCAAUGAGAAGGAGAGCAGGGAGCAGGCUCUGGAGAGCCAGCUAGAGGCGGCUCGCUGGUCCAGUCUGCAGGGAGCAUUGGAGGAGGCAGAGAAGAUCAUCCAGGACUCGCUGGCUCAGAUAGAUGACCCGGCACACAUCAGCUGCACCAGUUCAGCAGAAUAUCUGGCAUCAAGAUGCCAAGCGUCUUUAGACUGUGUGGGCCGAUUACAUCAAACCAGGGAGGCCUUCUUGGCUGACAACGCAGGUUUGUCAGAGCUAGUGCGAGUGGUGACCCAGUGUGGCCACCUGGUGGGCGACACCAUUGUUCAAGGUAGUGCCACCUCCCACAUGGUGCCUGUGGAACAAGCUGAUGCCCUAUCAGAGAGCGUGAAAUCUUGUGGGGCAGAAGCUCUGGCUCUGCUGGGACAGAUGAAGCAGCAGGACAGUCUGGUUGCAGCAGACAAUGGCAAGCUGAAGGCAGCGCUGGAGGCCAUCCUGGCCACCGCAGAGAAACUGCGUCCUCGGGGUUUAGAGCUGCAGCAGGGGGAGCUUGGAGAUCUGGUGGAGCAGGAAAUGGCUGCCACUUCCGCUGCUGUGGAGUCAGCAGCUGCCAGGAUAGAGGAAAUGCUGAACAAGUCUCGAGCAGUUGAUACGGGAAUCAAGAUGGAGGUCAACGAGCGGAUCUUGGCUUCCUGCACUGAGCUGAUGCAAGCGAUCAGGGAGCUUGUUUUGUCUUCCAAAGAUCUGCAAAGGGACAUCGUGGAGAGUGGGAGGGGGGCAGCCUCCAUGAAGGAAUUUUAUGUCAAGAACUCCCGCUGGACAGAGGGCCUGAUCUCUGCCUCGAAAGCCGUUGGAUGGGGCGCUACAGUCAUGGUUGAUGCUGCUGACCUGGUGGUGCAGGGCAAAGGGAAGUUUGAGGAACUGAUGGUAUGCUCACAUGAAAUAGCUGCUAGCACAGCACAGUUGGUGGCUGCUUCCAAGGUAAAAGCAGACAAAGACAGCUCCAACUUGCGUCGUCUGCAGCAGGCAUCUCGGGGCGUCACGCAGGCCACCGCAGCUGUCGUGGCCUCCACAAAGUCUGGGAAAUCCCAGAUUGAAGAUACAGAAACAAUGGACUUCUCCAGCAUGACUCUCACCCAGAUCAAACGACAGGAGAUGGACGCACAGGUCCUGGUUCUGGAGCUGGAGACCCGUCUUCAGAAGGAGCGAGAGCGUCUUGGCGAGCUGAGGAAGAAGCAUUACGAACUAGCUGGUGUAGCCGAGGGCUGGGGCGAGGAAGAGGAGGGCACGGGGUGAGCUCGGCCACCCCUCCCUGUCGUCCCCCCUCAACCAUCACAAGACCGGCUCCCGUCUGCCUCUUUCUAUUUAUAGAAACCUGUUUCUGUCUCACUUUUUUUUUCUUGUGUUUGUUCAUCUAAGCCAAAUGAAAAGGUGCUUCUUUUCUAAACCUGCUCCUCCACACAAAGCCCCGCACCAAGGGCUCGGCCACAGGCGGCAUCAGACGGAGGAACGAAUGGACAGAAGAGUAAAAGGAAACCUACACCCUGACUUUCCAGCCUCAGAUCCCGCUUGCUUGUCCUCCAGAACUGCGUUGAUGAAAAGCACCAGUGAAGUCUGUCUGUUGUGCCAAGUAUUUAUUACCUGUCUUUAUUGUUCUGGGGUUUUUUUUAAUGACGGCGCCCUCAUCAAGGAGUCCCAGCACAGAAGCUAUAAACAUAAAGUUCUACUCCAGACAUCCUGGAAAGCACCGCACAGGGGCCAAACUCACAGCAGCAGGUGUUGGGGCAGCCAGAACUUCAUGUCUCUGUGUAACAUAGGUGGCAUGAAUCCACUUUUCCUGUUUCUUUUUGUUCUACGUCCUGAGCAUAUAAAGUUGCGGGAGCUCUGUCUGUCACUGGAGUUUCACGCUCGCCUGCUCCCAACUUCCUUCCUAUUCGUUUCUCACUGUGAGUUAUCACCUUAUUAAGUCCAUACAGCUUCACGGGCUGGUUCACUGGACUUUCUGCCUUUCACGUCCUCACCAUUGUAACGACCGUGACUGUUAACAUGAGCAACCUUCCUCUCCUCUUUUAUUUGUGUUUUCACUUUAACACAUGUUCACAUGGAAACUCUUCAAACUCGGCGAGCUUUUAGGUUGCCGCCUGCCUCGUCUUACACUGAACGAGGUAGUGGUGCAUCAAGGAGAAGUUUCUCAAACACUAACAUGAGCUUACUUUUUAUGAUGUCCUCUGUUUUUGCUUCUUUUUUUUUAAAACUGUUAAUUUAUAGAACAGGGUAAUGAGAGGCUGACCUUUUCUUUUAAACAGAAAGAAGUUGUAGUGUUGUGAGGCCUUGCUGAUCAGUAAUACAGAGUUAAUAAAGCUGAAGACCCUUUUACUGAUGAAUUUGUUUCGAGCUGUUGACCCACUGUUCCUGAUGAAGAUUGCUAGGUCAGAUAAAUCUGCACAAGAAGCAAAUAAAUACCUUGUUUAAUUUUUUUUUAAUCAUACUUGUCUGAGAAUCGAAGGCAUUUCCACUGCACAAACCUUUAUCAAGGAAACAAACAGAAUUUACCUGGUUUAUCAGGUGGUCUUAGGAUUUUGGUAUGCCGUACUCAGACUGCAGUGUUUUCAUUAGUUUCCCUAAGACCAGGUAGCUGUGUAUAGAAACUGAAAGCCUUCUACGUUUGGAAGUAAUCUUUUGCUUUCUUUUUAAUCUUGCAUUGGUUUUAGGAUCUUUCCAAGUAAAGAUUCAGUUCGAUUGAAGUACAGGUAUAAAAAGGGUGCACAUGAACGCCUCGCAUCACUAAUCCAAGUCAUCACUCCUUCCUGAAAAGGCUAUUUAACUGAGUUUUCUGCUGAGACUUUCUUGAAAUGACUCUUUAACUAGCUUUCAGUGAACUCUCUGGGUACUGUUCAUGCCUUUUUGUGGAAGCCAUGGGAUGAGCAUGCGUUUGUUUUCAAGCCAACACUGUUCACCAUCUUCCUGUUUCACAAUGCUGAUCAAGAUUUUGUGUCUUUACAUACUUGGUUUUGAGGCUCCGCUUCAGUUGCGCGUCUAAAAAGGUGUGAUGUUGGGUUUUUAACAGAUGCUGUUCACUUAGUUUCUCCAAUAUUUCUUCCAAAAACAAAAGAAAAAACCGUGAAGACAUUUUUUUUUCCCAUUUCACGUCAUCAUUUUGCUGCUUCUACCAGGUGUUGAGAAAGUACUUGCCAUACUGUUAACUCCAGGUCUUUGUAUUUGAUAACAGUUUUAGCUGUUCUCGCUCUUCCUCCAGACCUGGAAAAAAAUGUUAAUUUCAUUAGAAAUUGUAAUAUGAAACAAAAUGUACCAUAAAAGACGUGAAAAUCUACUUUCAGUGGUAUCUCAAGUGUCUUGAAUGAUGAAUUGAACACACCUUGAGUGAUGUUUGGUUUCCUUUUUUUUGCCCAAAUAUUCCUUAUUAACCUUUCUUUGUCUCUUUUGGGUUUGUGUCUGUAGUUUUACCAGCUCAGCCAGCCUUUCAAACUGCCUCACACUGUAGAAACAAAUACUCACAUAGCAACAUUGAAAUAUGUCUUUGUAUAUUAUACUAAAACUAUGUUGGUGGGUUUGUUUUUAUUUUUCCAGUUUUUGAAAUAAAUAUUUCAACUCAUUAAUA